CAAAUGCAGGACGAGAAUUCCCUGGUCGCGAAGGAGGUCUUUUCCUUCCUGAAACCGCCCUGGAAAACGAGUAACUCAUCCAGCAUUGCGUCGAACAGUAGUUCUGGUGCGACGUCGGCGCACCAGCAAUACCAGUCGCAGAACACCACUUCGAGCAGUAAUAUGUUGGACCAGCUCCACAUGUCGAGUUUUGACCAAACCGCGAAUGCUCUGAACAAGUUCGGCCUCCGGCGCUGGUUGUGCGAUGCGAGCCGGAAUUGCAUCUGUAGUGGGCAUAUGAAUUGCAAAAGUAAAUUGUACUCGUAUAAACGCAUUACAAAUGUCCUCAGGUUGACAAAUAUAAUUUGUAAUGCGGAUUUAGCUUGACAAAGAAAUUUGCAAUGCAUGAUUGCAAUUGCUACGAGUGCGAUACUUUUGCACAGCAUAGGGCACGAGAAUGGCGGUUCUGGUGCGACGAGUCUGAAUCUUGGGGAAGAUAGCUUCAUCGAGGACCAUAUCUUGUGCACAAGUAUCGUACUCGUACUGCAGUCAUGCAUCACAAAUCUUUUUCUUGAGGUAGAUCCGCAUUACAAAUUAUAUUUUUCAUGCUGAGGAAAUUUGUGAUGCAUUUAUACGAGUGCGAUACUUUUGCAGUUCAUAGACCAUGUGGAUCACAGCUUGAUCGAAGUCGACGAGCGAACCCUCGAUUACCCGUUCGCCAGCUACCUGGUGGCGUCGACCGGGUUUUAUUGCGGCGGCAAUCGUAAUUCUGCUUCAACAUCAUCACUGGGCAAGAACGACCCCGGACGAGCAGAUGUACAUCAACUUCUAGAGGAGAAGUUUCUGAAUGACUUCCUCCCACUAAUAGCCAACAAGUAUCGGUGCCUUUCGUUUCUGGUUUGCGCAGAUGGAAGUGACAGUAGUACAACCGGCGAUCAUGAAGCAGGAGCAGGCGGAGAGCCAGUAGCUGCGGAACUACCUUCUUCAGCGAUGAAAAACAAAACCCUAGAUGAUCAUGCUGGCUACUCCGUGCACAUUUCGCCGACUCUGAAAAUCUCGAUACUAGCGAUCCUUGGAAAGUUGGCACAAGUGGAAGAGAAGCAGGACCGGGGCCGAAACAAGUUCCCCCUGACUGUAGUGCUGCUGAAUGGGGUUAAUCAUAGUAGUCAACAUUUGCUGGCAAGAACUUCUAGAAACACCAGUCCAGCACCCGCCUCUCUAGCAGCCUAUCUAGAGAAGAUGAGCUUACCUUCGCCAGUGUUUCGGGUGAUGCACUCGGCUGGAUCUGCUGCGCCGGCAUCAUCUUCAGCUUCUUCUGGACAACAGCAACGAAGUAAGAACUACCUCGUUCCCGAUAUCAAAUGUGAAAAUGUCUGGGUCUGGAAGAUUGAUGCCAGGCUUGUCAUGCAUAUUUUGCAUGAUUCGUGAUGCCUGUAAUGCAUGACCUAGCAUCACAGAUUUUUAAAGAGCCUUCUGAUGCGUAUUCCGCAUGAGAAACGCCCGCUCCGCGUAGCACGAAUUGAACUCCUCUUGCUGGUGAUGCAAUACAGAUUUUUUUUACCUUUCAAAGACAGCAUCACAAGUUCCAACCCUUCCAGACCCAGACACUUUUGCAAUCCAUACCAGAGACCCCCAUGCAACUACUCCGAACAGGCACGAAGAUUGCGAUCGAGAUAAAGGUAUGCAGUGUAAAAGUAUGGUAUUGGUAGUGAUUGCAAUACAAAUUCGCUCAGGUUUGCUUUGGCAACGAGAUUUGUAAUGCAUAAAUGCAAUUCCUACGAGUACGAUAUUACUUUUGCACAGGAUAAGCAGAAGGUGCUUGCCCGAGCUUUCCCGCCGCCUGGAAGAAUUGUAGGCCGCCACCAGAAGUAAACGUAGAGUCCUCGUCUGAGGCCGCGCAGGACGUCGGGGGUGCAGCGGGUGGAGGUCAACAUCUUCGUGCUGGGUCAACAUCUAGUAGGGCGCAUGAUCUUGCAGGCAGCGGUGGAGGAGGUGCAGGCGCCAACGAGGAGGAGGAGGUGAGGCAUUUCUUCGCGCCGAUUGUCCUCCGGAGUGGGAAUGGAAACGACCCAUCGGAAGACUUUUACGAUGACAGUGAGGAUGGAGACGGGUUCUCUUCUGAUGAUUUAAAUUUUCCGGAGGACAAAAUGCACCACUACCACUGGCCGUGUUUGCAGCUUCACGGAGAAGGUUGUAAUGGUGCUGCAGGAGACGCAAAUAGAAUUAUUCCGGCUUCCGUCGACGUGUGCAAUUUGUGGGCGAGUGGGAUACAGAGAGUCUGCUGUCCACCCCCAACAGGCGUGUUUUCAACAUCAAUCAACACGUUGACCAAGAACUACAUCAAUCCACCUAAACCAGAACACAUCCUAUCAAAUGCAAAUAUGUCUGCGUCUGGAAGGCUGAGAGACUUGUCAUGCAGGUUUUCCAUUAUGUGUGGGGUCAGUCAUACAUGACCCAGCACGACAGAAGAUUCUGUCCGACGACUUCUAUCAUGCUUCGUCUGCGUGAGAAACUCCCUCUCAGCUUGGUCAAAAGUGGACAGCUUCUGGUAAUCAUGCAACACAGACUUUUGCACUAUCCAAGAUUAGCAUGACAAGUUGCAACCCUCCAGACCCAGACACAUUUGCAAUGCAUACAUCCUGUUCGAAAACAACGGGUUUCAACUUCAGGACCUCCCUAUCCUGUGCAAAAGUAUCGUACUCGUAGUCGUAUUGCAAUCAUGCACUACGAACCAAUCCUUUUGCUGAGGUAAAUCCGCAUUACAAAUUUUAUUUCUCAUGCUGAGGAAAUUUGUAAUGCAUUUAUACGAGUGCGAUACUUUAUUUGCAGUUCAUACUCGCACAACUCCGCCCCUGGCACGUUUGCAUCCGCCCGCUUUUGUUGGAAAGAGCCUUCUGUGUCGGGGAAAAAUUGCCGGGGGCGCAAAUGCAAAAUCAAGCGUCGGCUGACGAUGGAUUUCGAGACGUGCUUCGCAGCAUCACAGACGAUACAACUACAGUAGGUGUUGGAGGUGACUCUGCAUCCACAUCCACAUCCAGCGGGGGCGCAAAUGAUAACAGCUGUUAUAAUAGUGCGUCUUCUCAUUCGUUCACUACUGGUACUGCGGCAAGUAGAACUUUGACUUCUUCCCCCACUUCUAUCGACAAAAGACAAGUCUUUUUCACCGCUAAACUGGAAUCUUUCGCACGUAAGCGCGGCCCAAGUUACUUCGGGAAAAUGGAGUUUGAAACGAGCGCGAAUUUGUUUCAAGCCGACGUCAACAUCUCGGCGAUUCGAAAGGAUGUUGAGAUGAUAAACCAGGCUGGAACUACUGCUUCUGUGGCAACGCCUGCCACAGCGGCCAGUGGGCAGUAUACCAACACUUCCAGCGCGACGGGGGGUGCGUCCACAAAUUCUGCGAAUCAACAUACGGGUCGUACUUCUAGCAGUGCAACGUCUUCCAGAACGGCUUCUAGAGCAGCCGGACCCGGAGGUCAGCAUAUGUAUUGCAAAAGCAUCGUACUGGUAGAAAUGACAUCACAAAUUCGUUCAGCAUGGCAAAUGGAAUCUGUCAUGCUGUUUUCCCUUGGGAUGGAAGUUUGUAAUGCAUGAUUGCGAUUACUACGAGUACGAUACUUUUGCACAGGAUACAGCAACGUAGGCCGCAAUUUGUGCAGGCGAGACACCCCAACGGGCAGCAACAGAGCAAAUAUCAAAUGCAAAUAUGUCUGGGUCUGGAAACUUGUGAUGCUGGGUGGCGUAUCAUGAGGAGGCCACAAGUGCUGGCUCAGCAUGACAAGUUUCUGAGCUUCUAGGUGUUGCCUAUUCUGCAUGACAAACUGUGUUUCAUCUGCAUGAGCAUGACAAGAAAAUGGGUCUCUUGGGUAAUGUGCAUGACAGAUGUAAGAGUCAUGCGAAACAAGCAUGACAAACUUGCACUUUUCCAGACCCAGACAUAUUUGCAUUUGAUAGCAAAAGCAACUUUACAAAUGACGAGUGGCUGAAUUCGGAGCUACUCCAGCAAAUUCGGUUUAAGUGUCCGCACCCGGAGUCGGGUUUGCUAACUCUGAAGCUGAACCACGUAGAUGCCGUCACGCGAAAAAUCUCGACGGUCUAUCAAAUGCAAAAAUGUCUGGGUCUGGAACAAAGCAACUUGUCAUGCUAAAUCUGAAUCAUGUAAAAAUCUGUGUUGCAUGAUUACCAAAAGCUGUCCACUUUUGACCUAAUCGAAAGGCAAUGUCUCACGCAGGAUAGGCAUGAUAGAACUGUCACAGAAUCUGUCAUGCUAUGACCUACAUACCAGACCCCAUGGGUCAUGGAAAACCUGCAUGACAAGUCUGGCACUCUUCCAGACCCAGACACUUUUGCAGUUGAUACGGUCAGUCACUACGCAAUGCGACUCUUGCACUUGCGACCAGGGCUGCGCUGGGUGCCGUUUGCGGGAAAUCGGGAGUUUCGGGGGAUGCUGGUGCAUGUGGAAUUUUUGUAA